AUGUCGGCUGACGAAGAGAACCGCAUCUUCGGCGGCGAGAAGGCCAAGAUCGACAAGUUUCCCUGCAUGGCUGGACUGCGCAAUAACGGGACGGAUGGCGAGGGCUUUUGCGGCGGGGUGCUCGUAGCGCCACAGUACGUCAUCACGGCUGCGCAUUGCAUGGGGGGGCAUGGUCGAUGUGAACGUCUUCCAACGCAGCGUAUUCAGGGUCGAGGAUCUCGGGAGGCUGAGCAUAUCCGAGUUGUCGAGGCCUUUUGCCACCCGCCCUACAACUCAACCUGGCCCAAAUGA